GCUAAUAAUGGAAAAAGGCGCAUUCUUCAAAGUACUAAUUCUGUGGUUGGAUUUCGCGAGUGCAUAUAACUAUCGGCUAACACUUGAAAAUGAAGAAAUAUUUACGACAUGCUCACAUCAACCAUCCAACGUCCUGGCUGCUUCGAAUUUCUUCGAUUUUUCGGAACUGCACACAAAAGAAAUCGGGGAUAAAAUAGAAAUAUCAGGAAAUGUCACAUCUAUAUGGAAUUACGAACCAACUGAUCGUCUUCAAGUUUCUAUAACGGGUCUCCAUUAUGAACGUGGAGAAUGGAUCAAUUCCUUGCUAAGUAUGAACGUUUACGAUUGUUGCAGCCUCCUAUAUGAUAAGAAUCAGCAUUGGUACAAGAUUUGGACUCAGUAUAUCACCAACGCAGAGGAUGUAAAAGACAAAUGUUUUUUGAACGGUACAAAAUUAAUUCAUAAAACAUUUAUUUUGGAUAUGAAUAUUAAUAUAAAAGUACUAAUUCCUGAAGGACGUUAUAAAGUAGUUGUCAUAAUGAAAGCCAUUGAUAAACGGCAAAAAGCUCGUAAUCCAAUCGUGUGCAUGGAAUUUUUAGGGGAUGUGAAGCGGAGUUAAUUAAUGUCUAAAAAUAUAUUACGAGUUAUUUUCGGAUUGAUUUGUCAAUAAAAGAAUUUCUACCAUAAACUGUACGAAUAAU